GGCACUUAACGUGAGUAAGGGUGACAAUUCUUACCUAUGUGCCAGUGCUGGCGUAUCGGACAAUCUAUUACAAAUAAUUAGUGGUUCCACGCGUCAAUCAAAGGGAAUGUAUAAUAGGUUUUUGUUGUUCCGCGAAAACAAGGCAUGAGAUAAUUGGUCUGACAUGAUGUUUCUUUAGUUCGAUUAACAUUUACGGUUAUUUAUCGGCCUCCAGAGGAUGUCGGGACUUUGACGGAUACUGUACAGACAGGGAAAAGUGCGUUCAGUUUGUUUACGGUGCUUUACAGAUUUUAACCGUACUUGGAAAACAGGACCUGUUUAACACGUGAUGUCGGAUAGAUUGAAGUGGCGUUAAUCUACCAUCUGAAGCGUUUCAAUUUCGUCACCAUAAAGUGUUCAGCUGUCUAACGACAAGAUGCAGGGCUGUUGCGGCAGAGAGUUGGCGAUUUUCAUUGUCGUCUAUCUCUUUAUUUCGGACACGACAGGACAUGAUAUGGAAUACAGAAUCAACGAAGAACUGCCAUCAAACUAUAUAAUUGGAAACAUUGUCGACGAUUUAAAAUUUUUGGAGAGGAAUUACUCGAUAAAUGUGGAUCGUGAAAAUAUCCGUUUUAACAUCCUCUCCCAGGGGAAUCCUUUAGCUGUGUAUUUUAACAUCAACGAUAGAACCGGUUCAUUCUCCACCAACGGAACAAUAGACAGGGAAUCCCUUUCACAUUGUAAAUUUUCAAAUAUUUGUGAAAUUAAAUUGGACGUGAGUGCCCAGUCGACAAUUGGAACGUUUUUCGAAAUCAUCAAAGUAAAAGUCAUUGUGUUGGACAUUAAUGACAAUACGCCAUAUUUCGUCAAAAGUAAAACGAACUUAGAGAUUUCGGAAUCAUCCAUUCCAAACUCUUCACUCUCCGUGGAGGGUGCUGUUGACUUGGAUAGUGGUAACAACACAAUUCAGACUUACCUAUUGAAACCAGCGGGUUCUCCUUUCCUUUUGAGCUAUGAUAAUUCUUUGAUAGGGAGUUCUGCUUUGAAGCUUAUUCUGAAUAGGACAUUAGAUCGAGAAAAGGUUGGAUUUUACGAUUUAGUUAUUGAAGCCGUCGAUGGCGGAAAUCCUCAGAAAACCGGAAGUUUGUCCGUCCAUAUAGACGUUACAGACGUCAACGACAACAAACCAACGUUUAGUCAGUUGACUUACAACAUCACGAUAGAGGAAAAUGUGGAAGCUAAUUCAGUGAUUCUAAACAUGAGUGCUACUGACAAAGACUUGGGUAAAAACGGACAAGUGAUGUACCGACUAAGUCCCUACCAAUCUGACGACAUCAAGCAAAUGUUCUCUAUCAAUGAAACGCAUGGAAAUCUGAGUCUGAUCAAACCUUUAACCUACUAUUCUGGUGAGGUUCUUAAAGUAAUAAUUGAAGCAUCUGAUAACGCUGAUCAGCCUUUGAUCUCUCAAGCAACAGUGUAUGUCAAGGUUCUAGAUUCAACAAAUAGCCCCCCGAUAAUCAACAUUAAUUUGCUGUCCAAUGCUCCCAAAGCCAGGAUCGCUGAGUCGGCGAGUGUGGGGGCAGCUGUGGCGCACGUUGGCGUCACGGACGAGGAUACUGGUCGAAAUGGACAUGUCACCUGCUCCCUCAGUAACCCGAACUUUCGACUCGACAAACUGGAUGUCAACGAAUACAAGGUCGUGGUCAACGUCGAGCUGGAUCGAGAGAAAGUCGACGAGUACGAAAUCAACGUCACAUGUGUCGAUUCCGGCAUCCCGCCAUUGAGUUCGACCUCGACCUUUAGGGUCACGGUCAUGGAUAUGAAUGACCAUUCUCCAACGUUCUUAAAGACCACUUACUAUGCUGAACUUUAUGAAAACAAUGAAAUAGGGGUUGAGGUCUUGAGAGUAUCAGCUUUGGAUUUCGACAUUGGUAUAAACGCUGAAAUUGAAUAUUCUCUUUCUCAAACUGGGCGAUUUCCUUUUGGAAUUGACCCGACAUUUGGUAUCAUAUUUGCUAACUUUGUAACAGACAGGGAAAAUACCUCUGAAAUUAACUUUAAAGUUGUUGCAACUGACAAGGGUAAUCCGAGAAAAUCAUCCACCGCAAAUGUCGCUAUAACCAUUCUAGAUGUGAAUGAUAACAAACCAAGAUUUACAGACCCACUGUUCACAUUUACUAUUCCUGAAAACCAGCCAUCAGGUCUGUUUGUGGGGCAGUUAACAGCUGAAGACAACGAUCUAGGAAAUAAUGGAACGUUUGACUUCAUAGCAUCCACAGAUAACGAGCCAAAUCUACCAUUUUUGAUUUCAAAAAGUGGGAAUAUAGUUUCCACGAAAGCAUUAGAUCGGGAAACUCAUCCGCAUGGAAUCAAUUUCAAGGUGGUGGUUGUUGAUAAGGGUACGCCGACAUCUCUAAGUAGUACCGGAUAUGUGACAGUAUUCCUCUCGGACGAAAACGACAAUUACCCAGAAAUCAUAUUCCCUAACGCAGAGAAUAAAACUAUUGCAUUUUUAUUUGAUCUGCCUAUUAACAGUAUUAUUGGCAAGGUGGAGGCCAAAGAUCGGGACUAUGACAACAAUGCAAAACUUGUGUACUCUUUCGCUGCAAAAACCAUUAGUUUCAUCUCAAUAGACCAAGACAGUGGAGAAAUGAAGCUUAACAGACCGUUAACAUCCGAUUUCGUCAAUCGAUACCCCAUAUCUGUUAUGGUUGAGGACCAAGGCGUUCCCAAAUUGUCCUCAAACGUUUCAUUAACAAUUAUAGUCCUGUCUCAUCAAAUAUUGGCCCCUGUCGCUCCACGAACUCCCAAUGAUGAUAAUUACUUGAUGAUUGCUGUAAUCAUCGCCUGUGUAACCGUUGUGGCCGCAGGAAGCAUCAUUCUCAUCAUCUUCCUCAUCAGACGCAACGAUAUGCAGAAGCAAGCUCUGGAAAAGAACAACAACGGCAUAGUAAUAUCCAGGAACCAUCCCACGCCGAGCGACGGUAAAGAACAAUACGACGCCAUUGAUCACGCGGGAAAGAACGGAAGGGGAGAAAAACGUGUUAGUUUCUCCAUGGAUGAGGAAAAGAAAUAUGACACCCUUGAAAUGGAACGACAUUUGUAUCAGAAAAACCCACCCAAACAGGAAGUUGAUAGGAUUCUGGACACAAUCAUGCCUCCCCAGAACCCCAGGGUGGCCCAGGUUAAGGCGGUCCCCAGCCCCUCCUCAUACAACACUCAGCCUCACUCACAGCUGGGGAAGCUACAGCUACACCAGAACAUCAUCAACAUGCAUUCUAAUCAGCCCCAUGGUGACAACGACAGUGAGACCUCUAUAGAAUCGAACACCUCUGACAGUGGGCGGGGCGGAAGUGAGAGUGACAUCCACAGUAGCGGAGGUCUGUCACAGUGUCAGGAACUAGAUUUGUUAAAGCAGUUGUAUCCGCAUGUUAACAAGCAAGAGCAUUUAAGACUGAAACAGUGUUCAAACAAAGUCGUUAAUUUGGGAGAUAUCAGACCGAAAUUCAGGGAUAACAGAAAAGACAUUCCCGUGGAAAAUGACCAUCGGAAGUAUGCAGACCGACGAGUGAACGAGUACGGCGACUAUGUUGAUAUUCGUGAUAUUCCUUAUUCUGCGUAUAGACCAAAACGAUUUACGCAUUUUAACUCCAUGUCGGACAUUUUGGAUGGAAGUAUGAUGACGAACGAAGAUGACGAUGACCUCAGUACAACUACUUCCGGUAGCUAUACCGUGGAUGACAUCGAUGACAGCAGCUUACAUCCGGAAUGUGUUGUCUGAUGGAGAACAAAUAACCUCGUUCGAUUGUGUUCAGAAUUCUGUAUAUUUAUUUUCAUUCAUUUAUUCCCUGUUUAUUGAGUGAUAAAGAUUUAUAUCUCUACGCAAUAAGCUUUCAUCUGAUUACAAACGCAAUCUGGUUUCGGACUAUUUUUUCUAUCGAAUCCAGUGUAGAGUGCCAUUAACUCUUUUUCGUCGGAAAUGUACGAGGAAAUAUGAACUUUGUCAGCAGAACAAUUAUUUGCAUAUCAGAUUGUCGAUUUCAGAUGUUAUUGUAUCGGGAAGGUCUGCUUGCCAAAGGACAAACACAAAACUUGAUCUUUGAUCCGUAGAUACAUUAUGUGCCAAAUGCUAUUUCGAAUUGUUAAUAUUGCAAUCGUAUAUUUUUGUAAUUACAUUUGUAAUAAAACAAUGAUAAUGUUGAA